AUGGAAAAAGACGACAAAGAAGCUCGAUUCGUUGAGCUCACGAAGGUUUUCCACUGGAUUGCUUUUCUGGCUCCCAAUGUGGAGGAAUUGUCCUUGUCUAGGCCCAGAGCUGGAGUCAGGAUCCUUGACAUGCAGUUGCUGCUUCCGUCACUCAGCCAAAUGAAGAAGCUUAGAAAACCUGCUGCUCAAUUGGCCAGUGUCGGCGCCCUUUGGCACGUGGAGCAUGAUUUGAGGGAUGGCAGCGAGCACAAGAGAAACUUGCAGAAUCUCAGGGUGCUCGAGGUCAACAACCUGUGGCGUUCGCAACACCAUGAUUUUUUCGCCACUGUGGCUCCCCAUCUUGAUUACACCCUCGCUCAGAACUGGGAAUAUUUACCACUCUCUUCCGACGAGAAGGAGAUGCCGCCAUUCCUGAAGAGAAGGUUCAUUACCCUGGGAGAACGGGAGAUGCUGCAUGAAGGGCUCGAACUAGACUGCCUCUCAAGUAUCCAAACAUCACCCAUCUCAUUGAGGACGCUUACUUCGAAGAGCAAUGCAUCAAAACGGUGCUGCAUUUCAAAAAAGGUUGAGGCCUUGAUCUUCCACGGCGUGAGUUGCUUGGACAUUGUGGAGCGCAUCUUGGCCGCCUUUGGCCACCAACUUCACUCUUUGGCCAUCUUGAGCACUCAUCCGAGCGUAAAUCUGGCUCUUGGAAAGAUUUCCUUGCUCUGCCCCAAAUUGGAAAGGCUGCACCUGGUAAAUGCCUCCGUGCUGGACACCACAAAGGAAGUUUUUCCGGAGUUGACCGAGUUGAUUUGGAUCAACAGUAAGGAGAUUCGGUCAGCAUCCAGCCUGUUGUGUGCCCCUAAACUGCGGAAGUUGAUGAUGAAAGGUGUCUUCAGCUUGUCUGAUCUAGAAAAAUGCACCGAGAUGAUUGAAAAGGGCGACGUUCUGAAGGAGUUGCGUGCCUUUAGCGUGAUUCUCGAUCACAGGAACAACCCUAUGUUCUAUGAACAGCAAUUCAACGCGGCCAAUCGCAUGAUGAAGACCGCAUCCACCCUUCUGCCCAAACUGGUCAAUUUUCAGUUCGGCCAAGAGAUUGAUUCCAGCCAUGAGUCUGAUGAGGAAGUAGAUGUGGCCUUUUUGCACUUUCGCCUGGACACUUGCUACAAACUGGUGAAGGAGUAUAACAAACACAAUGGAGUCUGUCCAUGAGAUUGAAAUGACUUUUCAAUUAUAUUUUUUGUUAAAUGACCUUUGAAAUAAACUUGACGUAUGCUACUCUUUGAA